CAGCGCAGUAUCGAGAGCGUGUCAAAGUGAGGAGUCAUCGAACACUUCCUCCACUCUUUCUUUCCCCCUCUCUAUCUCUCUCCUUCUCUCUCUCUUUCUCUCACACUCUCUCUCUCUCGGUCUCUUUCUGCUACAUUCGUUGCUCGGGCGGGACUGGGACUUUGGCGGCACACGGAGGGACCUAGACACCUGGAGGACUGGACUGAGUAGGGAGGAGCAGCUGCCGAGAGACUCCCUGCGCUUCUCUCUGCCUCUUCCUCUCUUUGCUGGAAGUUGCCUGCGAACGAGAAGCUAGCAAGGGAGGCAGUGCACCUGCGCCUCCUCUCUCUCUCUUUCUAUCUAUCUACCUCUCUCUCUCUCUCUCUCUCUCUCUCUCUCUGGAGCAAACGUGCGCGCAGAAGAACAGAGCACGGCAGGGAAAAAAAGGAGGAGGGGAGAACAGAGACGGCAAAACAGCAGAGACAAAGAAGAACAAGAGGGUAAGUGAAGAGUCCAAGGAGAGUAAAAAAGUGUAGUGAAAGGAAGAAGAAACUUGAGAUAUUAAAGCAGGAAAAAAUAGAAAAUUAGGGGGAACCACUGAGGUUCAGUGAGAGAGGAUCAGUACCAAAAAAGGAGGAAGAUCAGGUGGAUAAAGAACAGCAGUGGAGAUCAGCCAAAGUAUAGAUGACAAAGGAUCAGCUUGAAUCAGUUCAUGAUCAGAGCAGCAUUUGGAGGAGACGGAAGGGGAGUAGGAGUCCAGGUGCAAGACUACAGGCAGCCAAAUCAAACAGAGAGACAGAGGGAGAGAGGCUGUUUUGACUGUCAGCUCAGUGAAGGGCAGAUUUGAGGAGUAGACUCCGUGCUGCGAUAGGAAGGACAAAUCAGUCACCACGGAGCGGCCGGCAGGAGAGAGCGUGCUGCCAGGGGUGUCUGCCAACCUCCCCGCAGACGCCACCCUGGCUGCCCAGAUGCCCAUAGAGUUCGUCUGCAAGAUCAAGUUCACCGAGGGGGACGUCAUGGCCCAGAGAGUGCCCGUGCCCAUGACCGUGCCAGGCGGAGGCGUGCCCGUGCCCGCCAAGGAGACCUGUGCCCGCUCGGCCGCCGUGGCGAGCCUCCCAACCUUCGCCGGCGCGUCCUCGCUCCACGGCAUCGACCACGUGUUUGUGUCGGGACGGCUCGGUGUGCGCCAGGUGGUGUGGGCGCUGGCCUUCGUGGCAUCGCUGGCCCUCUUUCUGUACCAGGCGGCCAAGAGCGCCGUGGCGUACCUGGAGCACCCGCACGUGGCGGCCAUGGGCGAGGAGGCCGGCGGGCGCGACAUGCUCUUCCCCGCCGUCACGCUCUGCAACGUCAACCGUUUCCGUUUCUCGGCGCUCACCGACGCCGACAUCUACCACCUGGCCAACCUCACAGGCCUGCCGCCCAAGAACCGUGCCGGGCACCGGCCCGGAGACCUGGAGUACCCGGCACCGGACAUGCUGGACAUCUUCAACCGGACCGGCCACCAACUGGAGCACAUGCUCAAGAGCUGCAACUUCAGUGGACAGAACUGCACAGCCAAGGACUUCAACGUGGUGUACACACGCUAUGGGAAAUGCUACACCUUCAACGGCAACAAAACGGCACCGAAACGAGCGAGGCAGGGUGGUAUGGGCAACGGACUCGAGAUGAUGCUAGACAUAGAACAGGAUGAAUACCUGCCUAUCUGGAGGGAGACAAAUGAGACCUCUUUAGAGGCAGGAAUCAGGGUGCAGAUCCACAGUCAGGAUGAACCCCCUUACAUCCACCAGCUGGGCUUCGGAGUCUCCCCAGGCUUCCAGACGUUUGUGUCCUGCCAGGAACAGAGGCUGACCUACCUGCCCCAGCCGUGGGGUAACUGCCGGGCGACCUCCGAGCAGGUGAUGCCGGGCUAUGACACCUACAGCAUCAGUGCCUGCCGCCUCAGCUGUGAGAGUGCCCAGGUGAUGGCAGAGUGCAACUGCAGGAUGGUGCAUAUGCCAGGGGAAGCUGCCAUCUGCCCUCCCAGCAAAGUGAAGUGUGUGGACAAAGCUCUGGCCUCCCUACAGAAGAAUGAGGGAGACAUAUGUCCCUGUGAGACGCCUUGCAAUGUCACGCGUUAUGGGAAGGAGCUCUCCAUGGUCAAAAUCCCCAGUCGGGGGUCUGCACGAUACUUGUCCCGCAAAUACGACAAGACUGAGGAGUAUAUCAAAGAUAACUUCCUGGUGUUGGACAUCUUCUUUGAGGCUCUGAAUUAUGAAAAGAUCGAGCAGAAGAAAGCCUACGAUGUGGCCGGAUUGUUAGGUGACAUUGGCGGACAGAUGGGUCUCUUCAUCGGAGCGAGCAUUCUCACUAUUUUAGAGAUUAUUGAAUAUAUCUAUGAGGUGAUCAAGUACAAACUAAAGAGACUCUUCAGACCACGCAAGUCCCAGCGGAACCAGAACCAAAACCAGAUCCCGUGCUUGCAGAACCACACAGAGCAGAACUUGCGGACCCAGCUCACAGAUGGCACCAUAGCAACGGUCAGGCUAGAGGACGUCAAGGCCAAGGAAGCGAGUGAAAUUACUUUAGCUCACCAGCAGGGGGUGUACCCAAACUCAGCUCUACCCAACCACCACCACCACCUCCUCCACCACCACCAGCAGACUCAGCAGGACUACUCCUAUUAGCAUCACGCCCACCAUCCACCCGUCUGGUUCUGCCACCCUGUGUGUGUGUGUGUGUGUGUGUGUGUGUGUGUGUGUGUGUGUGUGUGUGUGUGUGUGUCUUUUGCCUUCUCUCCUGGUGGACUUCACUGACUUCAUGGGCCUAUCUAGACACCUGGUGUUUUACAGUCUCUUGGUGUCGUGAGCAGAACCCCCCCCCAACACCUCUGCUAUCUGCUCUUGCAAAUGGAUUGGGCUUAACCACUGGAUCCUUCAGAGGAGAGAUGGCAGAGAGUUCCAGCACAAGUGACUACUUCAGAAGAGCCUAUUCACGUGGACUCUGUGUUAUAUACUUACACACUGUAUAAAACGUACAUGCUUUAUGUCCUUUUCAUUUUGACGUCACACACACACACACACACACAAAUUCACACUUAUCAAUAUUUCUCUUUCAUGGACACGUGGCCUGUGUAAUCUAAACAACAGCAACAACAACAACAACAACAA